GUGGCAUCCAGGAAGCUGAGACUAAUGGCUGAAGAUGCUGCCAGGAGACAAAACUCUGUGUUUAGUUUGCCUCUUGAGACUACUGUUUGAUCAUGCACGGUUGUGUUCUUCAUUGUGCUAUAAUAUUUCAAGGUAGCUACCGUACGUAGCUAGCUGAUCAAGUCAGUACCAAUAUGGAUAGUCGAGACCAGUCAGGGGUAAGUGCUACUGAGAAGAAGAGCAAGGAAGCAGAACACAAGUUGGAGGAGGAGGAGGAGGAGAGAGUAGAGCUAGAGAGCUACAAAGAAGAUGUCACUCCAGCCAGAAAGAGACCUAGGGAUCGUCGCUCUGGUGCUAAUUUCUUAUCGAGAGUGCUCUUUGUUUGGCUGGAUGCGUUGUUCUGCACUGGAGUUAAACAUGACCUUCAAGAGGACGACCUCAGUUUGUGUCCUGAGGAGGUGGAAUCUGAGAGACUGUACAAAAAGUUUAACAAGCAUUGGCAGUUUGAGCUUGAGCGGCACAAUAGUGGGAAAAAGCCGCGUCUAUUCAUGGCCUUGAUCAAAACCUCCUGGUGGAGAUUUAUCAUUCAAGGAAUACUAAUUACAUUUGAAGUGAUAUUGCUCAAUUGCCAACCCAUUGUCCUUGGAUAUUUGAGUGGAUUCUUUGCCCAGCUGGGAACCUUGAAUCUGGCUGAGCAGGUCAACAAUACAGAGUGCUACAGUAACGUCCCACUGGAGAUCGUCAGUACCAGGGACGCCUACCUGUUUGCUGGGGGUCUUGUGCUUCUCGCUCUCUUAAGCCUUUUGGUGCAUGCUCACGCAUUCUUGAUUGGCCAGAAGAUGGGAAUGCUUUGGAGGGUCACAGCCACCACAGCCAUUCAUAAAAAGCUCCUCUCUCUCAGUCAAGUGACUAUCGGUAAAAUAUCCGCUGGUCAUGUGAUUAACCUUUCAUCCAAUGAUGUGCACCGAUUUGACAUGGCUCUCCAGUUUUUCCACUACGUGUGGAUAGCACCGUUUCAAGCGACUGCCUUCUGCUAUCUAGUCUACGUCAAAUUUGGUUGGAGUGCUUUUAUAGGAGUCUUCUUCAUGAUAUUAACCAUAAUUUCAUUCAAUUUUUUGCUGCCAAACUUUUCGCCUAUUAUAGGUUUAAGGCAGCGAGGAUCACAGACAAACGUGUGCAUGUCAUGAAUGAGGUGGUUGUGGGAAUCAGAGUGAUCAAGAUGUACGCUUGGGAGUACGCCUUCAAGAGAGUGGUCAAGGCUUUGAGGAAGAAUGAGGUGCUGCAGGUGUUCAAAGGAGGAGUGGUUCGUGCCGUUUCCAGUACCUUCGUUUAUGGUGGGGCCAGGUUGAUCAUUGUGUACCUUAUAGUUCUUCCGUUCAUUCUCUCUGGAAACACGCUCACUCCUAAGAG